AGGCAGUGAACCACACCAGAGGGAGAGACAGAGAGGGAGGGAGAGGGGGAGAGGGGGAGAGAGAGAGGGGGGUGGGAGGGUGAAGGAAUAAACCUUAUAAGGAGGUAUUUAUUGGGUCAAAGGAAGAGGGGGGGAGAGAGAGAUGUCAGACCUAGACAGGCAAAUAGAGCAGCUGAAGAAGUGCGAGCCUCUGAAGGAGUCGGAAGUGAAGGCCCUUUGCCUCAAAGCCAUGGAAAUCCUGGUUGAAGAGAGCAAUGUUCAGAGGGUCGAUGCUCCUGUCACGAUAUGUGGUGACAUUCAUGGGCAGUUCUAUGACAUGAAAGAGCUUUUCAAAGUAGGAGGUGAUUGUCCAAAGACAAACUACUUGUUUCUUGGAGAUUUUGUUGACAGAGGUUUUUACUCUGUUGAAACAUUUCUGCUUCUGCUAGCUCUGAAGGUGAGAUAUCCAGAUCGAAUAACGCUUAUUAGAGGAAACCAUGAGAGUCGUCAGAUCACACAGGUAUACGGAUUCUAUGACGAGUGUCUGCGUAAAUAUGGUUCUGUGAAUGUUUGGAGAUACUGCACCGAUAUAUUUGAUUACUUAAGCCUGUCGGCCCUCAUUGAGAACAGGAUUUUUAGUGUCCAUGGUGGUCUCUCUCCUGCCAUAUCCACACUCGACCAGAUCCGAACAAUAGAUCGGAAGCAAGAAGUACCCCAUGACGGUGCCAUGUGUGACCUCCUAUGGUCAGAUCCCGAAGACAUUGUAGAGGGUUGGGGAUUGAGUCCCCGGGGUGCUGGUUACUUAUUUGGUGGCAGUGUUGUCGCUUCUUUUAACCAUGAGAAUAAUAUUGAUUAUAUAUGUCGUGCCCAUCAAUUGGUAAUGGAAGGAUACAAGUGGAUGUUCAAGAAUCAAAUCGUUACCGUCUGGUCAGCCCCAAAUUAUUGUUACAGAUGUGGUAAUGUAGCUGCAAUUCUUGAGCUGGAUGAGAAUCUUAAUAAGGAGUUCCGGGUGUUUGAAGCAGCUCCACAAGUUUGUACACUUACCCAUUUGCAGUUGACAAAUGUUGACAAAGGCAGAAAAUUACUUAUGCAAUUUUUUAUCAUUUCAAGCAGCAGCAAUUGCAGCAUGAUACACAAUGCUUGCUAGCCAUCUAUGUUUUGUGUUAUAUCCUUAAGAUGAGGGGUCCAUACAUUCAAUGGGUGAACAAAAGAACAAAAGUUCUCAGGUUAUUUGUAGAAGGUACCUGCAAUGCCUAUAUGAUACCACUAGGGGCACUCCUGAGACAUGUAGGGUUUCAGAACUUUUGGGAUAUUCUCUCCAUAGGGUUUGAAAUCUUCGUUGUGUUUUCCCAGAUAAGCUUUCUGAAAUUAACCCAUAUACAAGUCACACAAUAUGUGAUGCUUCACCAAUUGGAUGGCAUGUGACCCUUGAUUGUGCAUGGCCUGUAGGCAGAAGACACAUUAUACAUUAUGUUUUUUUGCUGCAUUUCUAUCUUAUUAAAUAAUCAUGUUGUAUUGAUUAUGGUAAUGGUGCAUUGAAAGAUUAUAGUAACAAAUGCAGGAAUCAAGAGGAGCUCCUGCUAAAAAACCUGCACCAGAUUAUUUUCUCUGAAAUAUGGUUCAGAAGGCUCUUGUGUUAUCAUUCAAAUAUGCUUGAUGUGAUCGACAAGAUAAUAUGCAUUUGCAUCAUGAAGAAUGACCUCAUUGAUACCAAAAGAAUCAAUGGAUAGGCUUCUCAAUGAUGGGCUCCCUGGAAUGGCCAAGAAGAAUCGGACUUUUGGGUUCUUGAUGGGUUUGCCUUGUUUUCCUUGCCCAUAUUUACCAUCUUUUGAUGUUUAUCUGUAAUAAUAGUGUGUAUUACAUAAUAUGUUGUGCCACUGAAUCAUUGAAUAUAGAACCCCUAAUCUGUUACCCACAAAGAGAAAAGGGGUCACAUAAGGGGAGGAAUCUUUUUUCCUUUCUCUUGGAAAUAUGAACACAAAAGAUAGGAUUGUGGAUCCUGAAGGAGAUAAUUGGAAGCAUCAUGAAAAAGGUUUUCAAGUUGGGUUAUGAUUCCUUGGAGCAAUAAAAUUGCUUUAUAAUUCA